AUGGUCGAAGACAUCUCCCAAGCAGAGGGGUUGAUUCCGAAAGAAUUCGGACAAGACGCCAUUGAGAUUCCCGGUUCACGAGCUCUGUUGGACAAGCUCGAAGAGCACCUUGUUCCAUGGUCCAUUGUUACCUCAGGCACGCGACCUCUUGUGCAAGGCUGGCUCGAUGUCAUGAAGCUGGCGCACCCCAAGAAUCUCGUAACGGCAGAAGAUGUGCCCAACGGCAAGCCAGACCCGGCGCCCUACCAGAUGGGUGCAAAGAAGCUGGGGCUCCAAGAAAACAAAUCUUCCAUCAUUGUCUUCGAAGAUGCGCCUGCAGGCGUCAAGUCUGGAAAGGCAGCAGGGUUCGUCGUGGUGGGACUUUACACCACACAUACGCUAGAACAGCUGAUAGAAGCUGGCGCAGAUUACAUUGUCAAGGACAUGCGCAGUGUCACGCUGACAUCAUGGGACAAAGCAACAGGGCAAGGAGACAUACAGAUCGCAGAUGCCUUAGUCUAA